CCUCGUUUGAAAUCGCCCAUAUGACUAUAAUCACUAUAUUAUAUAUAAAGGACCGAAAGUCACACUAAAGUUAGUAGUUAGAGUUUACAAUCGGUCUGGACAUCAGCGAAACUGUACGACAAAAUCUUCAUCAUGAACUCUUCAUUUUACGUAGCUUUGGCGUUGUUGGUAGCUGUGGUGAUAGCCGACGACUCCAGAAGUAAAAAAGAAGCCAUUUACAAUCCUUAUGGACAAAUCACAGAUGCUAACAAGUAUUUAGCUACGGCCGGAUACAAUAAUUACAACAACUAUCAACAACUGCCGUACAACAAUAAUUAUCAACAGGCGGCGUAUUCGGCGUACAACCAGCAAUACUAUCAACAACAACAGCCGCACCAGCGUAUCGGUGGCUAUCCGUACAACGGCCACAUCGCAACCGGCUACAACCACCAACAACACUACAACCAGUACAACAACUACCCGUACAGCGGCUAUCAGCAGUACAGCGGCUUCCAGCAGUACCCGUACAACAGUAACCAACAGUACCCGUACAACAGUAACCAACAGUACCCGUAUAACAGUAACCAACAGUACCCGUACAACAGUAACCAGCAAUACGGAGCUUACCAGCAACAGUACCCGUACGGCCAACAACAGAAUCCGUUCGGCUACAACAACGCGUACAACUUCAAUCAGGUGUUCCGACAGGCGCCCGCUUACCCGAGUUCCGGUGCUCAGGCCAUCAGCCCACCGGUGCCACAUCCGUUCUAUCACGUACCAGGGACUUACUACCCGACCACGACCGAAAUCAACAAGCCACCCGCGGCCGCGGCCGCCGUCACAGUCGAUCCGAAAAAAACAUACAAAUGAAAACGUCGUAUUAUGAUGUCACAUUAUUAUAAUAGUAUCAUUAUAAUAAAGUGCUAGGAAAUGGAAAAAAAAAAA